UUUCUUUCUUCAUUCACACCUCACUCGUGCUCCCCCCAUUUCCCUUCUCUACAAACAUUUCAAACCGUCUUUCUCUCUUCCUCUUUGAUCCAUCUCUUUUAAUUUCAUGGCUUCUAAGCUUCAUUCAAAGAACAAAACUCAUGAGCUAUUCACAUCGGUAUCGUUCAUAGCCGGUACAGCUUCUUGGUUCAUUGCCCUUGUGAUUGUAUUAUUCAUAUUGCUGAGCUCUUUGGGAGAGGAUGACUGUGGUUAUGGUGAUGAGGAGGUUGUUGUUAGAGGUGAUCAAUUUUCGGGCCGUCCGUGCGACGAAAUCUAUGUUGUUCAAGAAGGGGAGACUCUUAAUAGUAUUAGUGAUAAGUGUGGUGAUCCUUUCAUUGUUGAAGAGAAUCCUCAUAUUCAUGAUCCGGAUGAUGUUUUUCCUGGCCUUGUCAUCAAGAUUACUCCUUCAAAGACCAGCAAAAAGGCCAAUUAAGUGGUGGUUCAAUGUUCAAUCACUUAUUUAAUUUGUUCAUGAAAAAGGUUCCAUUUUCUCUUUUUUGGUUAUUUUUAUGGAUGCAAGAAUUAAUUUACUUGUGUUGUUUUGCAAGUUAGUAG